GGUUUAGGAAGUUAAGCCUGAAGUGAGCGUGGUUGCCCCGCGGCCACAGCGCCCUUUCACAGCUGAACAGCUGCGGCAACAAUAGGCAGGAUCGUGCGGUCUGUGAACCAGUAAACGUCGCCGCUCAAACGGAGAGGGAGAACCGUCUGCUGACUGCUGGUAUUUGUUGCUGGAACAACACCGCCGGAAUUCGCGCGCCGUAAGACUGCUGGUGUUUGUAUCUGCAUUAGCCCAUCUAUUCGCGCGAACGUGAAAAUGACACGCGAGCAUGCGUCGCUCUUACUAACGCUUGUGUUCCUCGGACGAUUACGGGAAUUUACGGGCAAUCACGAGCGGUGUCGCUAACCUAUCCGUAGAGUGACAGCAGAGAACAGGGCCGACAUGCAGGCGUGCAGUGCGAAUGCUCCCGCCUUUAAGGCGGCGACCCCGUGUCACUUACGGGAGCUCUCCCACAGUAGCGAACAGCAGCAGCACAUCAGUGGCUUCGCCAGCGUCCGGCACAGGAUACGACACCUGCGGCGCGCUCUAUCCCGCCACGAGCCAUCGUCAUCGUCCGCAUCGUCAUCGCCAUCGACGACAACUCGCGGGAGAAACAUGCAGCGCGGCAACGGCGGCGAUAGCAGCAUCAUCGUCGGCGGCGGCAGCGGCGUUAGGAUCCGCGCGAUCAAAGCCGAACUGUUUGCGAAGCGCUCGAGAUCCGUGGAUGCUGACCGCAUCAUCAUCGUCAGGGAGGUGGAGAGGAGACGCGGGAGGGAAGCCACCACAACAGAAUCCCGCAGGAGCAGCGUGCGGAAGGCUAACUCUACGGCGUAUCAUUGGAGGGAUCGGAGGGAGACGUCCGCGACAGAAUCUAACAGGAGCAGCGGGAGAGAAGCGACGCCUGUUACGGGACAUCGUAGCAGCAGCGGGAAGGAAGCGACCACUGUUACGGGACAUCGUAGAAGCAGCGGGAGGGAGGCGAGCACUGUUACGGAACAUCGUAGAAGCAGCGGGAGGGAAACGACGCCUGUUACGGGACAUCGUAGAAGCAGCGGGAAGGAAGCGAGCACUGUUACGGGACAUCGUAGAAGCAGCGGGAGGGAAGCGACCACUGUUACUGAACAUCGUAGAAGCAGCGGGAAGGAAGCGAGCACUGUUACGGAACAUCAUAGAAGCAGCGGGAAGGAAGCGACGCCUGUUACGGAACAUCGUAGCAGCAGCGGGAAGGAGGCGAGCACUGUUACGGAACAUCGUAGCAGCAGCGGGAAGGAAGCGACCACUGUUACGGAACAUCGUAGAAGCAGCGGGAAGGAAGCGAGCACUGUUACGGAACAUCGUAGAAGCAGCGGGAAGGAGGCGACGCCUGUUACGGAACAUCGUAGAAGCAGCGGGAAGGAAGCGAGCACUGUUACGGGACAUCGUAGCAGCAGCGGGAAGGAAGCGAGCACUGUUACGGAACAUCGUAGCAGCAGCGGGAGGGAAGCGAGCGCGUCGUUAGGGGAGCACGCAGCAGUAGCUGGAGAGAGUCGCACUACGGCACGCACGCGUGCGGAGAGCACGGAUUCAUGUGACAGCGUCUUCUACCGCAGCCGCGCGCUCACAGAUGGAGCUGAUCGUCGGCCGAUGGCGUCACGAUGCGAUGACGCGUCUGCCGCAAGAAUGACGCAGAUGCGGUGCGAUGAUGCGUCUGCCGCAAGAAUGACGCAGACGCAGUGCGAUGACGUAUCUGUUGCAGAAAUGACGCAGACGCGGCGCGAUGACGCGUCUCCCGCACGAAUAACGCAGACGCGCAGCGAUGACGCGUCUGCCACAGGAGUGACGCAGCCGCGGUGCGAUGCCGAGAGCAGGCGGCGACGCAGACUAUCUGCACCGGAUCAAUACGUGGCGAGCAGCAGCAGCACGCGGCCGCCGCCCGCCGGCGCAGACGAGACACUGCUGCGUGCAUCACAACAACACCUCGAGGGCUUCACAGCAACAACGCUCAGUGAGCAGCAUCAGCUGUCAGCAACCGCAGGUAGAGACGCGAACGCUCGUGAAGACGCGUUAGCGGGUGAAGUAGCAGGUGGUCAUCACACGACUACCGGACAACGUCCGGAGGACAGCGGCGAGCAGGUAGUGGUCAGCACUGCCGUACUCAGCGUCCAGGACAAGCGUGUUGCUGCAUCGCUGAGUAACCGGUGCAGGUCGGCUAGUGACAAGGCAAAUACAGCCUGGAGCAUAGAGUCGACAGCCAAUCGAUAUAACAUCGAGGAGCAACGAGCAGAUGCCGUAAUUCACCACGACAAGACUGUUCGACAUCACAUCCUAGAUGAAGCUGAGGAUUUUCCAGCAUCCGUACCGACUAGUGAGAACAGUAAAUCCGCACACAAACACGCCAAUAGAAAGAAAAGAGAUGUUUCGUGGGCUGACGAGGUAAUCUUGUGCGCUGUUCAAGUCACGGGUGACAACAAAUGGGAAACUUAUCUAACACCUGCGGAUCACGAAUCAAUCAAGAUGUCAGCUUAUAAGCACAUCAACGCUGCAAGAAGCACGCUGAUGCCUCGCGAGACAGUCCACACUCUGCUAUACAACGACCACGAUGAGGCUCUCAGCGACUGCGCACCAUCCGUCGUAAGACUCCGUGUGCCGAUCGACAUCAACGAAGAUCGCAUGCUAGACAGAUCCGACUCCGGAAAAUCGACCGACAGCGGUUUCGCAGACGCCACCAGAAAUCUCAGCACGUCCGACGAUGAGAGCGGAGAGACGACGGCGAGGCUGGACGACGGUCGCUCGUCGUCGCGCGUGAAGGGCGAACCCGAGAUCGUCAUCUUCACCGACGAGUCUUCGCCGCCGACGACGACGAGUCGUAAGAUGAAAAUCUUUCAAUCUCUGUCGAACAUCCCGCUUUGGAAGAAGAAGACGCAGAACAAUCCCGCGAUGAACGAUGACUCGAAGCUGAUUCCUCCUCCUCCGAUGAUAGUGACGACUAGCAGUGAUGAGAUAUUCAAACCGACCUUGAGCAAGCUAACGCAGCAGAUACAUCCCAACAUGCAAUCGAACAUCAAAAUGUGCAAAUCGACGACGGACAUUGGCAAGGUCGACUCGCUCGAUCCGAGAGCACUCUUCAAGAAUGCCUCCACGGGAUCUCUCGUCGAUGUGUCUCCAAACUCUUCUACAAACACACUGUGUGGUGCGGAGAAGCCACCGAGACCACACUCGCCGAAGCCUCCUAAGUCACCGCGUUGCUCGCGGUCUGUUAGCAACAGCAGUACUGAGAGCAACACGCAGUCGACGUCCCUCCGAGCAAAGCUCACCUAUGUGCGUGACCGGGUCAAGCUACAGAGGCGCCCCCAUGUGCGCAACCGGCCAACGUCGGACACGAGCAACCACGAUAUCUCUCAGUUUCGCUACCUGAGAGGGAAAUACGCACAGGCUCGCUCGCGCAGAGCAUACUCCGAUCUUGGCGAUCACCUGUCAAUCACGCAGGCUCUUAAUUGUCACGCCACGGCCCAUAAGGAAAGAGCAACAGCAGCACGCAACGUUGUUCUGAACCAUGGCUCGGAAAAUACAUUGAACGUCCACAAAUCGGGUGCAAAGACCCGACAUUCUCUGAGCACGAUGGAUUUGAAGAAGGAGCAUCUGUACAGAGCACAUCAGGCUAUCAGAUCUUCAAGAGCGACACCUGGCACUGAAUGCUGUAAGAGACAUAGCGUGACUGCAACUAUGGACCUGCCAGGAGAUGAGUCUGAGGUGGGUUCUAAGUCCAUCUUCGCCGAGGCACUCUGGGAUCAUGUUACGAUGGAUCCGGAUGAACUUCCGUUUCGUGUUGGGGAGGUCAUCGAGGUCAUCGACAAUGAAGACAGCGACUGGUGGUGGGGCGUGAACGGGGAGACGGAGGGAUGGUUUCCUGCAAGCUUUGUGCGGGUUCGAGUAAACCAAGAGGAAACGAUGGAGGAUAGCUUGGAGAAUCUCUCGCAGGGAAGCGACGACGAUGACAAGCUUUAUAGGAACAGCCACGGGGCUAACCGCAUGAGCAAAGACGAGGUGCGAGCGAAGGUCAUCGAGGAGAUAAUCAACACGGAGAGAGACUUUGUGGGGCUGCUCAAGAAUCUCUGCCACGGGUUCCUUCAUCCGGCCAAGCAACGACCUGACAUGUUCAGCAGAGAGAUGAUCUCCAUUAUCUUCAGCAAUAUCGAGGAGAUCUACAAGUUCCAGACGCAGUUCAUGUCCGACCUGGAGCGUAAUGUUGACCUCACACGUCUGCACGUGAGCAGUAUCGGAGGAUGCUUCCUGCGACAGAGGCAGGGUUUCGAAAUAUAUUCCGAGUAUUGCAACAACCAUCCGCAGACCACCGUAGAACUCUGCAACCUGACCCAAGAAAAGCAGUACAGACACUUCUUCGAGGGAUGCCGACUGAUGCAAAAUAUGAUUAAUAUCUCACUGGACGGCUUUUUGCUGACUCCUGUUCAACGGAUAUGCAAGUACCCACUACAACUGGCUGAACUGCUCAAACACACCCGUCCGGACCAUCCAGAUUACAACGAUGUUAAGUUAGCGUUGGCAGCCAUGUUGGAUGUUGCUACACUCAUCAACGAAUGCAAGCGCAAGAAGGAGAGUCUAGAGAAGUUGGCAAUAUGGCAAUUACAAGUCAUAGACUGGCAGGGGCCACCCUUGUUGGACCAGAGUUGCCUGUUGAUAUAUUCCGGAGAAGUUACGAGAGUGUCGUCGAAGUGGGACAAGGAAUGUAACAUAUUCCUGUUCGAUCACCAAAUGGUGAUUUGCCGCAAGGAGCUAUUAAAGAAAGGGACAUACACGUACAAAACCCGAUUGGGUAUGAACUUCUCUGACAUCAUUGACGUUGACGAUGGCAGAGACAUACAGUAUAACGCAACCGUGCACAAUGCCUGGAAAGUCUACUCACAGAGUCAGGACAAAUGGUACUUGUUCUAUGUGAAGACGCCGUCCGAGAAGAAACGCUGGAUGGCGGCGUUUGCGGAGGAGCGGGAGUCUGUGCGAAAGGAACAGGAGAAGGGCGGGUCAGCAAGCCGCGAGGAGAGAGACGCCGCCAUGGUGGUAGCUAGUAAAGAGCUAUCAUUAAAAACAGCGGACGUAGUGCGCAAGACAUCUAAUGCAGGACGCAGGCGGCCAUGGAGAAAGUUCAAACUAAAGGGACCAUAGUGGAGUUAGGAGCACUUAAAAAUCAGAAUUGAUCUGAUUAGUGUAAAUAACUUUGACUAAAAUGUUCGCUUCCUCUAAAAAUCGUUUGAUCUGUUUGCAUAUAUUCAUGUACGGCUAGAGCUGCUAUAUGACUGCGUUGGGAUGUCCGUUAUAUCGAAGCACAUUCCUUCACUCUAAUACCGGUUACACACACACACACACACAUAUAUAUAUAAUAUAUAUACUUAUAUAUGGAUCUGCUACUCCCACGCCCCGUAUUGCAUUAUCAGGGAGUUAACACCAUGUUGGGGCCAAACAAUACACAAGUUAGCACGAUAAUGUGUUUACUACACUGUUACAAAAGUUGUUGUUAUGCAUACUUAAAGUUGCAUGUGAGUAUGCGGAUAUAAGAUGAGACGAGAUACACUGAAUCCGUUUUAAUUGCUGGUCAUGUGGCCACCAUAUUGUAAACACUUUUCACACGGGGAUACACGUAUGCCUCUUAUUUGUAUUCGCUAUUUGACUGUAAUAAGUUAAUAACAUAACAAACUGUAACACAGAUGGAUGGUUACUAAUAAAGAAUGACAUUUACUUCGAUGACAAAUAGAUUACGUUACCGUUAAACAGAAGUUGAUAUAAUGGGUGAUACCUCUGUUUCGAGAUGAAUUCAGUAGAAAUUUAUAUCAGCACACGUGUCAUUUAUUUACACGGACGUUUAAAAAUACGUUUCUUCAGCAACGGCUGAUAAAUAUUUAUAUGCGUAUGAAAAGGCGAAAGUGUUAUUGAACUGUUCUUUAUUCCUGUUGUUGACGAACUAAAAUAAUCGUCUGCUUGUAAAUGAUAAAAGCACAGAAUGAUAUAUUUCGUACGUCAUAUGUACUGUAUGAAACGUCAAUUAAAUAAUUACACGUAUUUAAACGUGUCUUUGUAAAAUUAAA